AUGCAUGCUUCUCAACUUCUGGCUUGGACGGUGCUGGGAUGGGCUUUCGCCUCAGGAGUUUACGCUCAACCUGGACCGGGAAUACAGAAGCGACAGGAUAGUACCAACACCAACUUUCCGUCCCUUACGACCGGUUCCCCAAGUGCUUCGAUAGGUUCUUCCGCCUCGACAAGCAACACGGCUACUUCAUCUGUACCAACUUCGACGCAGGGCGUCCAGCAGUCUGGUCCAGCAUCGACGACUUCGGCUGGGAGCUCACAUUCGGAUACCUCCUUGCCUACCACGAAGCAUCUCUCCAGCACAAGCCCGGCCGUGCAUACCGCUUCUAGCACUCCUUCCAGCAACUCGACGACCAGCUCCACCGACAAAGAAUCGGAUGCGCUGCCCAUCCACCCUCGACUUACCCCGGCGUUUGGGAUCGCUGGGGUGUUUCUCAUUGUCCUGGGCGCGACUUAUGCUCUGAUUGGUGUCAAAACCAGAUGGGUACAGAUCUUUUUGUCAUGCGCAUUCCUGGCAAGCAUAGCGACAACAGCACUGGUUGACUAUGUGAUGAACCCGCCGGUGACAGAUGCUGUCCAAGGAGGCUUUUUCGUAGCGAUUUUCAUGACUGGUGCCGUGUUCGGAGGUGGUGCUCUGGUGUUCAAAGAAGUCACCGAAGGCUUUGCUUGUCUCUUGGGCGGGUUUUGCUUCAGCAUGUGGUUGCUGACAUUGCGAGCCGGUGGGCUAAUCACCAGCUCAGGGGGAAAGGGGGCCUUUAUCGGGAUCUUCUGUGUGGUUUUCUGGGCGCUGUCUUGGACCAGCUACACUCGCCCUUACGCACUAAUUGGGUCGAUCUCAUUUAGUGGAGCAACUGCUUUCGCCUUGGGCAUCGACUGCUUCACCAGGGCCGGAUUGAAGGAAUUUUGGUUUUAUAUCUGGGAUCUCAACGACAACCUCUUCCCUUUGAACACCACCACCUUUCCAUUAACCAAGGGCAUACGGGUCGAAAUAGCCGUGAUUGUGAUCUGCACCAUCAUCGGGGUCCUUUCGCAGCUCAAGCUCUGGAAAGUCGUCAGUUCUAAGCAAAGAGAGAAAGGGCAGCUUGACGAAGAGGAUUUUCGACAGAGGGAAGCAGUGGAAGCCGCCCUGGGGCGUCAUCUUGAACGGCAGAACGAGCGCGACAAGUCUGAAUGGGAAAGGCAGUAUGGUGAUCGACUCUCGAGUAAACGCAACACUGUCCUGUGGCAGAAUGCUCAUCCGGAAAAAAGAUAUUCGACAGUGUCAGUUGUUGCACUCGAGCAGGCGGCCGAUUCGAGUUCUUCUGAAAGCGUAGAAAUGAACGCUUUUGGCCCCAAGGGAGCCUCUUCAACAUACGGAUCAAAAAGCAAGCGGCAGAGCACCUUUGCAGUCGACGUGAUUGAGGAGGUGGAAGAGGAUGCGGAGGCUGUCGCCAACAAAGAACGACAGAAAGCACUCCAGGCCUUGGAAAACGCCCGAACUCCGCUUGGAACGGAGCGGAAAGGCAGUGGCGGUUCUUCUGCAGCUCAGAGUACUCGCAGCGCUUCGAAAGAUGUGAGCCCCAACGAAGAUGCCUUCAACGAUCAGUCAGGCACAGUCGGUGGGUCGUCCAAGCUUAAACGAGGUUCUCAGCCGUCGCUAUCUCGCCGGUCGAAAUACUUGAGCGCGAAUUAUGGUAGCGGUAACUCUGAAUCGCAAGAACAUCUGAUCGACGGUGAAAGACCCCUGAGUAGGGCUUCUUCAGCUGCAGCGACCAUGGAUGUGGACAAUGAAGAGCUGGAUGUGGAUGCUUUGGACGUUGACCUCGGUCAAGAUCCGUCAUUGCCGCCAGAAAUUGUCAUCUCGCCCGUAGCUGGCCCAUCAAGUGCGGUCCUGCGGUCAUCAGAGAACCGGGAGAAUGCCGCUACUGAUGUGCAAGGUGCUGAAGGGUCAAUUGUUGGUGGGAGCUUGGAGCUUGAACGCCUCCUUGUGGACCACGGUGGCCCCUCUGCUAAUGGUGGUUCUAGCUUGGACGACGGACUGAAACCCGAGGGAAGCGAUACGAAGACGGACACGGGGGAUGUGAAGAAGUCCCAGUCGCAGACAUCCGACGCUACCAACUCCAGCGCAGAUACCCUGACCAAAACUGCUCUCGCCUCAGUUCCUAGCCAGCUGUCGAGCGUAGUGUUGUCAUAUCGGACCAAUGAAUGGGCAAAGCAUAUUACCAUGGCCGACGAACCAAUCUAUGACGAGCCCGAGACCAUUGAGGGAAUUGACGACGAAUUGCCAACCCAAUUGGCAUCGGUCACCACGCCCCCCAAGAAGGUUGCAGCAGAGCCUCCUGUGGAAUUGCCGCCAACAACCAUGUUACCACUCACGGUGAGAGCGGGUGGGUCUGGUGUGGGCGUUGCUUCCAAGCCGCUGUCAGGCAAACGGUCGGUCUCGGAUCAAGAGCGCCGUCGCAGCACGGGCAGACUGCCGUCACAGUCGGCAUCGACACAAUCGUUGAAGCACUCCAACAGCCGAGGCGGGCGGAACUCUCUCAACCCAACAAUGCAAAACUCACUUGUCUCGACACCGAUCGAUGAAGAUGCCCCCAUGGAAUUCACAAACCCCAAGAGGGCGAGUCGACGCAUGUCGGCCCCGUACCAGAUGCCGCAGCGCAGCAACAGCGGAACGCGGCCGCAUACUGCCUACGGUACUGCAAGCCCGCCUUCAGGUAGCGUGUACGACCUGCCUCAAAUGAUGCGGCCAACGAGCCAAGACAGCAACAGGGGUGGUAUUUCGCUUGGGACUCGACUUGAAUCAUACAACUCGCACCAGCCGCCUCAGCGGGACCACAGGAGCGACGCACAGAAGCGAGAGUCUCUGCUUGCUGAAUGGCGGCUGUCACAACAACAUCGGGCUGCGAGCAAGGGCAUUAAUGGAGCGAUGGCGGAAUCAGGACAUGCUAAAAUGAAGGUAGAGAAAGAGAACCAGAGACUGAUGGAAGAAUAUCAACGGAGCGUGCAGCAAAGGAAACAGUUGAUGAUGGAUCAAGUCAUGAGACGGCCGGACAUGCAAGAGCUGCAUCGUGAGGCGAUGCGCAAGAUGCAAGCAGGAGCUAAUAAGAACCUGGGAGGUGGAAGAGGUUGA